CAUCUUGGUCCUGCGAGAGAAGCGCUCGCCCACAUGCGCGGUGUCGCGUCCUUUCGCGCAGUCAAUGGAGUCGUUGCGUGUUUCUGGAAAUGCAAACAUUUAUGAUAAUUCAUAAAUAGGGCAGAUUAUAAUAAUAAUAGUUUAUUUUAGUCACCUUUAAGCGGAUACCUGCAAUUGUUUUUUGUCAGUAAGCGUCUCGUGUCUCGCGUCUCGCGUGCAGUACGGUGUGCAGAUUCACCGCGGCCUGACGAUUAAUCCGCUAUUAGUAUUAAUAGUUAUUAUAGUUAAGUUUAGUUAUUAUUUAUUAAUAUAGGGUGUGAACUUAUGCAAAUAUGUCAGAAGAGGGAGCGGUCGUGAUGCAGCAGAUCGUAGAUAGGAGUUGUUGGGUGUGUUUCGCCACAGAUGAAGACGACCGUACUGCCGAGUGGGUGCGUCCGUGCCGAUGUCGCGGUUCCACUAAGUGGGUUCACCAGUCGUGUCUGCAACGCUGGGUGGAUGAAAAACAGAGAGGCAACAGCACAGCACGCGUCACCUGCCCACAAUGCAACGCGGAGUACCUCAUUGUGUUCCCUAAGCUCGGGCCCGUGGUCUAUGUUCUGGAUCUGGCAGACAGGUUGAUCUCAAAGGCUUGCCCGUUUGCUGCUGCUGGUAUCAUGGUGGGAUCCAUUUACUGGACGGCCGUCACAUACGGGGCUGUUACGGUUAUGCAGGUUGUGGGUCAUAAGGAAGGUCUCGAUGUGAUGGAACGAGCCGAUCCUCUCUUCCUGCUGAUCGGCCUGCCCACCAUCCCAGUCAUGCUAAUUCUGGGCAAGAUGAUUCGCUGGGAAGAUUACGUGCUCCGCCUUUGGAGGAAAUACUCCAAUAAGCUUCAGAUCCUCAACAGUAUUUUCCCAGGCAUCGGCUGUCCGGUCCCCAGGAUCCCGGCGGAGGCCAGUCCCCUGGCUGAUCACGUGUCGGCCACACGGAUCCUGUGCGGAGCGCUCGUGUUCCCUACCAUCGCCACCAUCGUGGGAAAACUGAUGUUUAGCAGCGUCAACUCCAACCUUCAGAGGACAAUUCUGGGUGGCAUCGCAUUUGUGGCCAUUAAAGGGAUGUUUAAAGUUUACUUCAAACAGCAACAGUAUCUCCGACAAGCUCAUCGCAAGAUCCUUAAUUUUCCCGAGGUGGAAGAAGCCUGAUCAUCAUGCAUCCAUCAAUCAUCAUUGGGAUUCAAAUGGCUUUAAGAGACACAGCUGUGGUGCAUUACAAUAUUUUCACAGACUCCUCCUUGAGAUUGUGACGUGGGUUUUGAAUGUGAUCAGAAAUUCAGCUGCAUUUUUCUGUUUGAUACCAGAUUUUGGGAAGUCGUGUGCUACUCAUUUUAUGAGGUUUGGUGUUUUAAGAAAAUAACUGCAAGAAGUUUUUUUAUUAUUAAGAAGUGGUUGUUUUUAUAACCGAUUGGACGGAUUGGAAAUGCUCAAUGUAUGACUCCACGUUACCCAAUCAUGAAGCACUUUUGCUGAUGGUUUUUUUUUCUCAUUAACAGUUUAACAGUCUAAUAAAUGCAUUAUGCUGUAAUAUUAAUGCAGACAGAAAUGGGUAAAUCAGAUAUUUGCAUUUGCAAAAAAAUAUGUAAACAAUUUUAUGUGGCUGUUGUUGGAUAACUCAUGUAAAAAUGUCCAGGCUUUAGCUUAAACUCAAAAGAUAGAUUUGCAAUAAAGCAGAUUUAAAAAUGGACCAUUAGGUAUUUUUUGGCAUUGUGACAUUUUCAUGGCAAUGGAAUACUAAUUCGGUAACCGAUUAUUUGAAUACUUUGUGUUAAUGUUGUGUCACAAUGCAAAAAAAUAAUGGUCUUAAAAAUAAGCUUCUUUUUCUUCAAAAUACUUUUUUUGAUGUCACAAUAAAAUAUCACCUGGACUUUUCUUUAUAAUUUUGGGAAUCUUGUCCUGCUUUCACAUAAUGCAUCUGAUAAUCCAACUGUGUUCAUUUUGGGUUAUUGAUAUCUAAGUUUAAGGGAAUCACAAUUUUAUCAUUUAAAUGAACACAAAUUAACAAACAAACAAACACCAUUCAGAAUAGCCAUGCUUUUUUGAGACUUUGCUCUGCUUCGCUGAAUGAUCACUUCAUUAUUAAAAUUAUUGGCACCUAAUGCAUCAUAAUUGUUGCUAUCAACACUGAUUUACUGAAAAAAUUAUCUUUUUAGAGAUAGUGGCCUUUUUUUAUUACACCAAUACAAUGCGUCGUUUUAAAGACCACGUGGUACAGGUGUAUUUGGGUGAACAUGCCAAAUGUUGGAUUUUUAUUUUGAUCUUUUGUUGGACAUCUCUCUCUUGUAACUGUGAAAUAUCUGAUAAUAUAUUGAAAGCAGUAUGGAAAUGCAUAGUAUACAUAACUUUGUUUUUAAAGGUCAUUAGUUGCGGUACACUACAGUGAGUUGGUUAUAUGUAUGUGAUGAUGAGCGAUCCUCAUCGAGUGAUUUAUUCUAUAAUUUGCUUUUUCACAUAUGACUUAUUUGUUCAUACAGGUAAAACACAGAUUAUUGAUAGCAAAUGCUUAAAGGUGUUACUAUAGAGUAUUUCUGCACGAGUUGAACGACUUGGCAGUGUAUAAAUGUGAUUUUACAUUUUCAUCAUGAUUUGAAAUCAAGUAUGUUAAUAGGUUGUUCUGCAUAAGUUUUUUUUUUUUGUUUUCAAAGCAUAAUGCCAAAUACAGAUCAUAUAUGUUGUAUAAAUGGAUGCGUUGUACAGAUACGGAUUCUGAAAUUAUAGCUUCCUGGUUAAUUUCUGUAAAUAAAUGUAUUUUUUCCAAUGCUU